AAAGGCCACUCGGGGCAGCGGCCGGCGCCAUCGAGAUGGGUCGCUGCUUCGCCAACCCGCUGCUGCUGCUGCAGCCGCUGCUGCUGCUGCUGCUUUGCGUGCUUGUGACGUCAUCCCAGGGCAGGCUCGUGGGCAAGUGCGAGCUGGUGCGGAAGCUGAGGAGCAGCGGUGUUCCCGGCGACCAGCUGCGCGACUGGGUGUGCAUGGCGCAGCAUGAGAGCGGCAUGAAGACAAGUCGUGUUGGAGGCCCGAACAAAAAUGGCAGUUACGACUACGGCAUCUUCCAGAUAAACAGCAAGUAUUGGUGUGGAAUUACCUCUAAGGGCAAGGAUUGCAACAUUAAAUGUGACGACCUGGUCGACGGGAACAUCGACGACGACAUAGCGUGCGCCAAGAAGGUGCACCGCAGACACGGCUUCUCCGCGUGGUACGCCUGGCGCAGCCACUGCCAGGGCAAACCGCUGCCCUCCGUGGCCGGCUGCUGACGACUUGUGCGGAGACUUGUGCGAACGAGAAGGAAACGAACCUUUCGUUUCCAUUUCCGUCGCGGAGGACGCGCGGCGUAUCAGUAGCGACCGGAAAAAUUCCGCGGAAUUCAUUUCGCGAUAGGCUGAAAUACAAAUAGUUAUACCUCAGCGCUGCCUCUGCUAUCGGCUCACAGCUCACCUGGAUGACUCUGGGCCAACGAGAAACACCCGAACCAAAGCUUUAUCGAAUCACAGGCUGCUACGUUGGGACGUCUCACAAGACAGCAGCCAAUGAGUGGGUGGCAUUUGACCGAGUGUACGUAGAACUAUGGAGUUCAAUCCUGCAGGUCAUUGAACCCGCGAAUUUUUCCGGUCCCUACGUAUCAGCCAAUGAGAGAAGAGUAGGAAGUCAUUUUGGCAGGGACUUGAGAACUGUUUUACGUUUAUCAACUCAUAAUUGUGGCAACUGUCAACUUAUUAAAUAUAUUUAGAACAAUGCUCAGUUAAUUCCUGCGUUGAAAAUAAAUUAAUGCAAUUACUUACUUGUAAAAUUGUGCCUAGCGAUAGAUGUAAAUAAAAAAAUUUAAAAAACUAA